AUGAAGAGGAGAGACAACUACACUGAUCAUGAAGGUGGGAAUGAUGUCGUGGGUGAUCAUAGUGAAGCAAGUACCCGAACGGGGCAUAUUCAGUCUCCAUUUGGAGCUUAUUCUUCCAUGGCCACAGAGGAGCACUUUACCAAAAAACUCACAGUAUAUUAUGGUCAUGAGAGUGAAAACAAACCCGGGAUCUGCAAGAUUUUGACUACAAAAGCAGAUGCAUGGAUGGGUAGAAAAAGAAGUGUGUGGCCUUGGGAAGGAGACGAAAGAGUAGAGUCUUUUGAUCCUAUAUUUGGUCGUUUUGGUUGGCAAAGGUUAGAUAUCAUUGAAGAACACAAGCCUAGUCUACAAACGAGCUCAUGUUCUUCCUCAAAACUUGACUUUCAACUAUGGGAAAAUACCAAUAAUAAAAUCGUGGCUUCAGGGUUAUGGUCUUCUUCAUUACAUGUUAGUAGCAGCACAAGUAGCUCAAGUAGCGGUGCAAGCAUCAAAAGCAAUGCCAUCAUCAAAGUGGAAAGAGAAACCGACAGCCUUGAUUAUGAAAUCUCGUGGGAGGAUUUGAUAACUCAAGAACAGAUUGGACAAGGCUCGUGUGGGACUGUAUAUCGUGCACUGUGGUAUGGAUCAGAUGUUGCGAUUAAGUUAUUUGUCUAUCAAGAAUACCCAGAGGAGUUGAUAGUAUCAUUUAAACAGGAGGUAUCUCUCAUGAAAAAGCUUCGACAUCCAAAUAUUUUGCUCUUCAUGGGUGCUGUGACAUCAACUCCACAUCUAUGCAUUGUCACAGAGUUCCUUCCUCGUGGAAGUUUGUUUCGGGUACUUCAGCGAAACACAACCCGAUUAGAUUGGAAACGUCGUCUCCAUAUGGCCAUGGAUAUUGCACGAGGCAUGAAUUAUCUUCAUCAUUGUAACCCACCGAUUAUUCACCGUGAUUUGAAGUCUUCAAAUCUUCUUGUUGAUAAGAAUUGGACUGUGAAGGUUGGUGACUUUGGUCUCUCUCGUAUCAAGCAUCACACGUACCUCAAAACAAAGUCAGGGAAAGGAACGCCUCAAUGGAUGGCUCCAGAAAUUCUACGUAACGAGCAAGCAGAUGAAAAGUCUGAUGUCUACAGCUAUGGUGUUGUAUUGUGGGAAAUUACCACCGAGAAGAUUCCUUGGGAUGAUCUUAACCCAAUGCAGGUUAUUGGAGCAGUAGGGUUCAUGAAUCGACGACUAGAGAUUCCAAAAGACGUGGAUCCACUGUGGGCUUCACUUAUCCAAAGCUGUUGGUGCAGUGAACCGCAAUCCCGACCAACAUUCCAAGAAAUACUAGAUAAGCUUAAAGAUUUGCAGAAGAAGAUUUUGGUUGAACGUAGGAGAAAGGAAUCCUAA